GUCGCUUUGGAUAUUAACUGCAGCGCUCUUCUGCCUUUCCUUUUUGUUUUAUUGGCUCUAAUCUCAGGCUCUCGCAAUAUCACGCAAACUUCGAGACUUCGUCUGUUAGGGUUUGAAAAACCCCACCGUCUAGGGCAGGGCACGCCGUCUUCUUCGCUUUUCGGGGGGUUUGGUUGGAAUGAGGAAUUUGGAUAUGAAUUCGGAUCUUUUCGAUCCGAAAACGGUGAUGGACUCGGAUUUCUCUCGCGGUCAGGCUGCUGGGGAAGCCGAUUUCGGGUUCGCUUUUAACGACAGCAAUUUCUCCGACCGGUUGCUCCGGAUCGAGAUCGUGGGAGAUCCGUUGGAAAACCGGCCCGAUUCUGAGGUUUUGGAUGUUACUUCAUGGGAUGUGGAGCAAAUUUUGAUCUGUAACCAGCCUGAUAUGGAUGAAUGUGUGGCCUGUCAAAAUCCAGAUGAGGAAGCUGAUGCAAUGAGUGAAGAAUCACCUUCAGGCGAUGAAGCUGGGAAUAGCAAUGAUUCUAGCUGGAGCAUGGAUUGUUCGGUAGUUGUAAGAGUCAAAACAUUGCAUAUCAGUUCUCCUAUUUUGGCAGCCAAAAGUCCAUUCUUUUAUAAGUUAUUCUCAAAUGGGAUGAGAGAGUCAGAGCAGCGACAUAUAACCCUUCGUAUCAAUGCCUCUGAGGAAAUUGCCCUCAUGGAGCUUUUGAAUUUUAUGUACAGUAAUACCUUAUCCGUCACAACAGCUCCCGCUUUGCUGGAAGUUCUUAUGGCUGCCGACAAAUUUGAGGUCGCCUCAUGCAUGAGGUAUUGCAGCCGACUAUUGCGGAAUAUCCCCAUGACACCUAAGUCUGCAUUGGAUUAUCUUGAGCUUCCUUCUAGUGUUUUGAUAGCUGAUGCGAUCCAGCCAUUGACCGACACUGCAAAGCGUUACCUUGCUGCCCGCUAUAAGGACAUCAACAAGUCCCAAGAAGAUUUGAUGGACUUGCGCCUUGCUGGAGUAGAGGCAGUGUUGUCCAGUGAUGAUCUCCAGGUUGCAUCAGAGGAUACUGUCUAUGACUUCAUGUUGAAAUGGGCUAGGGCUCAGUAUCCAAAACUGGAGGAGCGACGAGAAGUCAUUGGCAAAAAUCUGGCACGCCUUAUUCGAUUCCCUUACAUGACGUGCCGGAAGCUUAGGAAGGUUUUAACCUGUAAUGAUUUUGAUCAUGAGGUGGCAUCCAAAUUUGUUAUGGAGGCCCUCUUUUUUAAGGCUGAGGCACCACACCGCCAACGCAUUCAAGCUGCGGAAGAGUCUGUCGUUAGGUUUCGCCGCUAUGUGGAGCGAGCCUACAAGUAUCGCCCUGUCAAGGUGGUAGAAUUUGAACUUCCUAGGCAGCAGUGCGUGGUGUACCUGGACCUGAAGCGGGAGGAGUGUGCAAAUUUGUUCCCUUCUGGACGAGUGUAUUCUCAGGCAUUCCACUUGGGGGGCCAAGGCUUCUUCCUGUCAGCUCAUUGUAACAUGGACCAGCAGAGCUCUUCCCACUGUUUUGGGCUGUUUUUAGGGAUGCAGGAAAAGGGAUCGGUGACUUUUGCGGUAGACUACGAAUUUGCAGCAAGAUCAAAGCCAACAGAGGAGUUUUCCAGCAAAUACAAAGGCAACUACACCUUCACUGGGGAGGCAGUUGGCUACCGAAACUUAUUUGGCAUACCCUGGACUUCUUUCAUGGCUGAGGAUAGUCUCCACUUUGUAAAUGGCGUCCUCCAUCUGAGAGCUGAGCUUACCAUCAGGCAGUGACUCCCGCGAUCUGUUCACAAAGCCGAUUAGUGGGUGGGUCUAACCUUUCGUUCUAUUGUUUUUCCCGCUCCUCCUCUCGUAGAACUUGAUAACAGCACUUGUAAUGAUCAGGCAUUACGCCCCCCCCCCCCCCCCC